AUGUUUGUAAACGAGAGUCACUUUUCUUGGCCUUGUAGUUACUUAAUUUUUUCUUUUCUUUCAGGAAGUGGAACUUUUCUAUUGUUGGCGACACAAAGCUUGAGAUGGGGUGGUACGUACUUCCUGCGGCAGCGUAUUCAGACUGGACUGGUCUCUGUUUGGGCUACCAGGUUGGGUCUACAUCUUUUUUCAAGAAUUCUCUCCGAUGGCUUCGAUAGGAGGUUCAACAAAGCUAAAAACCAGCCUUCACUUUUCUUUGUGUUCUGGACCUUGCAAGCUCUUUGGAUAUUUGUUACCCUAAGCCCAUCGAUCGCUUUGAAUGGAGUUAAGAGGGACGAACCUCUUGGUGUCCGUGAUUACAUUGGAUGGGGCACCUGGGCCGUGGGGUUCUUAAUGGAAGUCAUUGCCGACAGGCAGAAAUCUGUCUUCAAAGCCAACCCUGCCAAUGCUGGUAAAUUCAUCAACACUGGUCUUUGGAGCAUCAGUCGCCAUCCUAACUACUUCGGUGAGAUCCUCUGCUGGCUCGGCCUCUACGUCUCGGCCUCUUCCUCCCUGACUGGCUGGCAGCAUCUCACCGCGAUCUCUCCCAUCUUUGUGACCCUGCUCCUGACGAAGGUCAGCGGCAUCCCCAUGCUGGAGAAGUACGGGUUGAAGAAGUGGGGAAGCGACCCGUCUUAUCAGAACUACCUCCGCAAGACUGCAGUGCUUGUUCCAUUCCUGUGGUGAAACUCCUCCAUUGUACAAAUAAUGAAUGUUUAUGAGUGCAAUGGACAGAAUACUGCAUGAGGUGAAAGAUGAAAAGAUCCAUUCAACUCGGCUACGCCUCGUUGAAUGGAUCAUUCUUUUCACCUUUCACAGAAUGAAGUAUUCUGUCCAUUGCACGAAUGAAGGAACAUUCAUUAUUUAGUUUAUAUGACACUUGAAACUAGGUUAUUUUUCAUAUGAAAUUUAUCAAUUUCGAUGCACAAAGAUUAUGAUCAUGCAGUGCGAGCUCGUUCUGUUAAUUGAUUGUCGCGUGUGUUGCGUACAUACAACAUGCGCGCUGUAAACGUGAGUGGUUUUACUUGUGAUGCCGGCAGUCAGGGUGCGCGCGUGCAAUGAACAAAAUCGAUAUCAAACAACCAAUCAAAUGCCAAGGAUCUAUCUCGGUGUCAUAUAAUCAUUAAUGUCAAGUAAUUCAAUCGUCCACACUUUGUCAGUACAUGUAUAUCCACCUCUUUGAAAACUGGUCAAUGACCCCUCCUCCUUGACUGUAUGUGGUUAGAUAAUUAAUGAUGUAAUAUAAUCAGGCGAUGAUCCAGGAUUUUCCAGGGUGGGGGGGGGGGGGCUUUUUGUACUCCCAAAAAAUUAACAACCCCCCCCCCCCCAUAAAGGGGAAAUUUAUGUCAGGGAUAAUUUGACAAUCCAAAAAAGCAUAUUCACUACAAAAAGGAGGUCAUUUUUUCCCAGGUGAAAUUUUACAAGCCCUCCAAAAGGGAUCCUCACUUGAUUAUGAAUGACAAUGACUAGCAAAGGGUGGGAGGGGGGGGGGGGGCAAGGGUUGGAUGUGCCCCUACCUAGAUCCGCCACUGAAUAUAAUGAAAAUUACAAUGAUGCAACUUUUAAAAUUGAAUAGGACUAAAACAUUCAAAAUAAUCAUCAUAGAGUACUGUACUAUAAUCAGACCUGCCAACCAGUACGUUUUAGCCGUAUUUAGUACGUUUUUCCAACUAAAAUACGGCAGUACGUUUUUUCUUUGAAAAAUCCUUUUUUUUUUUACUAAAUCGUAAUUUAUUGAGAAAAAUAAUCUCUAUAUGUCUCUAUUUCAUAAAACGUACACAAAUAUGGUUAUUAGAUCAAUGUAAUUUCAGGUAACUUGUUUUUUUUUUCAAUCAUUUUGUUAAAACCGGGGUGAAGAUAUACACUUGUUUUAAUGUUUUUUUUUUUCAUCUGCAAGAGCAGUGCGCAUUUUAGCUUGCAUGCAGCUUGAGCGCCGCGAUGAGCGAGUGCGCCAAGCAUUUUGUUAUGAAAUACACUUUUUUUGGGGAAAAUAUAUAUUUUUUAAAGGAGAAUGAAACUCUUGGAGCAAGUUAGCUUUUGUGAAAGCAGAAAAAUCAAAGAAUAAGAUCAACAAAAGUUUGAGUAAAAUAGGACUAGCAAUAGAAGAGUUAUGAGCAUUUGAAUGUCGAGAUCACUAAUGCUAUGGAGAUCCUCCCAUUGGCAAUGCGACCAAUAUCUAUGAUGUCACAGAUGAACAACUCUCCCCUUUUGGACACUGAAAAUAUACCCCAAAACAUCUCUUUUUGCUCAUUCUAAUCAUAUGACAAACGAUUCAUCAAUGAUAUAAUGUUGUGAAAUCUGUGUACUUGUCCUCUCAUAAAGAGAACACCUCACCUUGUGAUAGACUCUAUAAAAGUGAGAAUAUAAGUGAAAUAAGUACUAAAGUAAUGAGGGAGUUGUACGUGUGUGACAUCACAGAUCUUGGUCGCAUUGCCAAUGGGAGGAUCUACAUGGCAUUAGUGAUCUCAAUAUUCAAAUGCUCAUAACUUUCUUAUUAUUCAUUCAAUCUUCCUCAAACUUUCAACAAUAUGUUUCUUUGAUUUUUCUCUUUGAUAUGGAUUCAGCUGGUUUCAAGGGUUUCAUUCUCCUUUAAUCACAGAAUACAGUUUUUCAUUCCCAGAGGUUGGCAGGUCUGCAUAUUUAUCUCACAUGAUAAAAAUACUGAUUUUGGGGGAUAAGAAUACUGAAAAUGCAAAAUACAACUUGGCAGCUCUGUAUAAUGUUUAAUUGUCAGUUAAGUAAUACUUUGAACAGUGGUUAAUGCAUUCCUCGUAAUCGCAAGGUUGUGAGUUCGAAUUCCCACUCUUCCAUUGUCUCCACUUUGAUAAAAAAUGGCCAGAGAGUAAUAUCAUUCGUCUAUAAGGUCAGCCACUAUGAUUGAUUUAACCUAGACAUGUUUCCGAGGUAAUUGGUUAUAUAUCAGCUUGGCGUUUACCAGCAAAAUGCCCUCCUGCCAAGUUUCUACGGGAGUUACCAUAAACUGAAACUGAGAUGUAAUAGACUGAAUUGGACAGAACAUUCCAAUGAAUUUGUCAGAUUACUCUUCAGUAUUAUGAAAAAUCCACGCUGUUAUGUUUUUCGAGAAAAAUUAGUGCUUGGAAUUGCUCAUGUUCUCAAAAGACGGUACUAUUUGGCGGGAUCCUGCAAAAUGGACUGCCUAUUCAAUUCAUGUGCACAGAUUAUAUAUAUGUACGAUGUGAUUGAGAAUAUAGGGCUCAGUGUGCAGCCCUUAUCUCCUUUAUAAAGGUACAAGCAUAUAUUGGGUGAUUUCAAGUUCAGUGUUGACCAUUUGGUGGUGGUGGUGUUAGGUCGAUUUUUACACGAGUAUAAGACCAAAUAUAAAAUGAAGAAGGUCCUGAAAAGUCUCUCUCUAGUUGUUGAGAUGUCAAUAAUGUGAUCUGGAUCAGUUUUCCAAACUCAGAGUAGAUUUUGGAGCUAGGGGAAGCAGUCUAAAUUGUGCUUCCAACACCAACACCAGUGACCAGACUUGAAAUCACCCAAUAUAUACAUGAGAGUUGAAUUGUAGUGAAGUGAAAUAAUCACAGAACAAUGAAGUAACUAAAUGAUAGAUAUAUAGCACUUUACUUUAUGUUUCUACGCAGUUUAAUACAUUGUAAUUAUCAUUACACUGGUCAUUUGAUCGUGGCAUGCUUGCACACAAUGUAUGUCACUUCUCCACUCCCUUGGGAGCAUUUCAAUGAUAGUUCAAGACUUAAUUGCUAGGCAUACUACAAAGCCUUUCACAUCCUACCCGGUACUCAUUCAACACCUUGCCGGAAAGUGGCAAAGUUUGGAUUGACGCCCUGCCAAAGGAUGCUAGGCUAAGAUGGGAUUUGAAUCCACGUCACGACCCUCUGGUUCAGGGAAAAUUUUAGCCACCAAAAUGCUCCAAAUAAAAGGUCUGGAAUCUCAAAAAGGAGCCCUUGAAAAAUCCUCAUUCAUUGCAAUGUUAAAGCUUAUCCAAUGUUGCAGUUUAAGACAGUAAGUAUCGAAUUGUGGCCCUUGAAAAAAAAAGAUUGCUUGCUCUGGUUACAAGGUGUGAAUAAGAACUUCGACAGCAUGAUGCUUCCGAACUAAAGUUUUGGAAAGUUCCCAGAAAGUACCUAUAUGUAGUGUUAUAUUGUACGUGUAUAUAGUCAUGAUUUUUAUAUGAUCAUGAGAGUAAGUGUAGGUUAUUUCUUAGUUUCUUUAACGGAGAUUUAUGUGAUCAUAAUAGUGUUCAGGAAUAUUGAAGAGAUUCAUAUGAUGUGUAGAUUAUAAAUAAAUAUGUUUUUUUUAGUUGGGGAGGGGGUUAGGAUGCCCCAUUAUUUCACAAAUUGCAUGAUAGAGUCACAGACACAAAAUAUGAAUACAGUUAAAGCAGGUGUAUAUAUAUAUGGUAAAUGGGUAUGAAACCUUUAUUCAAGAUCAGGGCUCCGUAAAACAAAGGUUUGCAAUCAAUCGCUAAAUACCAAUGACCAAUCAUGAUCAUCGUUGCAUGCGCACUCUGUUUUAAAAUACUGACCAGGAGCCAAUCAGUGCGGCUCUUUCAUAUUUGUAAUUCAUCGCAAACCUUUGUGUUACGGAGCCCAGAUUAUCAAAUGUACAUACAUCAGACAACAAUGUUUCAGCCAAUUUUAGCACUAAACAUUCUGAAGUUAUCUAUAAUGGCCUUUAUCAGGAGCUGAUACUCUUGCUAAGGAAGACUUAAUAUAUUCGGGAUAAAUGGACGUAAACUGGAGUGUUUCAUUAAAUUUUAAAAGUCAACGAUUUUCACUAUGGACCAAUUUACUGACUUAACGUUUGUGCUCUCAGCCAGUCUGAUGCAAAGAUUUGUAGUUACUUAGUUUAUAACAAUAUUCAGUAACCCCCCCAAAAAAAACCCCCAAAACCGAGUACUUGUUUCAUGAAUAGCUGCCCAUGUGCUAUUUAUUCGACAAAAAUUGACAGUGGAGCCCACUCCACUGUUAUUACUCAUUUACACACUUUAUACAUAGGGUUACAGUGAAAGAAAAGGGUAGUCAUUUAUGAUAUUAUUUCCAAAAUUGUUUGAAAACAAGGGUAAAGUUUUUGUAUGGUAUGAAUCAAUGGAGCACAAGAGUGUGAAUUAAGCAAUUUUAUUGUUUGUAUGUUUUUUAAACAAAUGCAUAUACCACAUCCCUUUAAUUUAGAAGACAACAAAAAAUGUAUUAUUGACUAUAAUUAUAUGGUAAUUUAGAAAUAUACUUGAUUGUAUUUGAUAUGUAUAUGUCAAUAAUAAAAUCUUUAUUUUGAAGUAAAA